AAAAAAACCAAAACCUAUAAUUAAGUGAAUUAAUAAAUAAAAAAAUUGACAGAGCUUUUUAAAAAAAUAAUUAAAUAAAUGUGGUGAAUCAAAACAAAUACCAAAAAGAUGUUACAAACCCAUUGUAGUUUUGAUCUCAAAGUAAUUACGACGCCACUUUAAAAAGGCAAUGAAAUCGCGGAAGCUUCCCAAAGGCUUCGUGCUUUGUGGCUUAAAUUGCUUAACUUUAGUUUACUUUCCAUUGGUUUUACCGAUAGUGAUAUGUUCGGCCAACGAUUUCGACUAUCGUCUGCAGCGAGUGAAAAAUGUAUUAAAGGAAGUGCCAUUAAUAGACGGACACAACGAUUUACCCUGGAAUAUAAGAAAAUUCUUAAAAAAUCAAUUGAAAGAUUUUCAUUUUGGUGGAGAUUUAAGACAAAUACAACCAUGGGCAAACAGUGCCUGGAGUCACACAGACUUAAGGAGACUCAAGGAGGGAAUGGUGUCAGCACAGUUUUGGUCAGCAUAUGCCCCCUGUUCGUCUCAGCAUCUGGAUGCUGUACAGCUAACGUUAGAACAAAUAGAUCUAAUACGACGUUUAGUCAAUCUAUAUCCGCAUCAUAUGUCUCUUGUAACAACUGCCUCAGGAAUCGAAAAAACUCACAAAAGUGGCAAAAUAGCCAGUUUAAUUGGAGUAGAAGGCGGUCAUGCAAUUGGCACAAGUUUAAGUGUACUUCGAAUGUUUUAUCAACUUGGUGCUCGCUAUUUGACUUUAACACAUACCUGCAAUACACCUUGGGCGGAUUGUUGCAAAGUUGACGAACCUGGAAAGUAUCCCCAUAUUGGUGGUUUAUCAAAAUUUGGAAAGCUGGUCGUACAAGAAAUGAAUCGUUUGGGCAUGAUUGUUGACUUGUCACAUGUUUCAGUGCCCACGAUGUUGGAUGCUUUGGGUUCUUCAAAAUCACCCGUAAUAUUUUCACAUUCUUCCGCUCACGCCAUAUGCAACAGUUCGCGUAAUGUACCCGACCAUGUCUUGCAAAGAAUUGCUAUAAACGGUGGCUUAGUGAUGGUUGCAUUCUAUCCGCAUUUUGUUAGUUGUUCUGGACAAGCAACACUACACGAUGUCGUUGCUCAUAUAAAUCACAUACGAGAAGUAGCAGGCGUGGAUCAUGUUGGCAUAGGGGCCGGUUACGAUGGUGUAAAUCUUGUACCCAAAGGACUGGAGGAUGUUUCCAAGUAUCCUCAUCUUUUUGCUGCACUACUAGAGUCUGAUAAAUGGUCUGAAGAGGAUAUUGCUAAGCUGGCAGGCAAAAAUUUAAUACGAGUAUUUAAAGAAGUUGAAGCGAUACGAGAUCAAAUGGAAUUAUUAAAAAUACCACCUGUUGAUCAGUCAAUUCCACCAGAAGAUAUUAUGGGCAGAUCAUAUUGUCGUUAUCAAGGACCAAGAACGUGAUUACACAAUUUUACAAUAUUACUAACACAACAACCACAAAAACAUUAUCACUCUCAACAUUAUAAUCAUCAUCAUCAUC